GUCAAAGUCCUUCACACAAACUUCUACACUGCUAGAUAACACCUGAGCAGAGGCAGGCAGACACCUCCUUUCGUCUGGGACACAGAAGGCACUGCAACUGAAAUAUGGCUUGGACAAAGUCACGGAUUGUUACUCUUACCAAGCGUGAGGGGCAAAGCUAUGGCUUCUACCUCCGGGUGGAGCAAGGGGAAGAGGGUCACCUGAUUCGAUCCCUCGAGAUGGGCGGCCCUGCUGAACUGGCUGGUAUGAAGGAUGGAGACCGUAUAAUCAGAGUCAACGGAACGUUUGUGGACAAUAUGGAGCACAACCAGGUUGCAGAUAUGGUGAGAAAAAGUGGAAUGACUGUCACGUUCCAUGUUAUUGGAGAAGAUGCAUACAAGCAAGCCAAAGCCGAUGGAGUGAACCUUGCCGAGCCUCAGUCCCAGACCGGUCAGAACCAACCCACUAUGAAUGGAGUGUCAGCACCAGCCCCUAAAGCCAAAUUAUGCUAUCUGCAAAAAUCCAGUCGUGGCUUUGGUUUCUCUCUAAAAUCUACUAAAGGUGAUCGAGGCACAUUCAUGACAGGAGUGAUUUCUGGAGGAGUGGCUGAUCAGGCUGGCGUGAAGGAGGGCGACCGUGUGGUGGAGAUAAACGGUGAAAAAUGUGAAAGUGCCACUCAUGAUCAGAUUGUGCAAAAGGUGAAAGCAACCGGGACCAGUGUCAUGCUUCUACUGGUGGAUGAGGAUGCUGACAAAUACUUCAAAAACAAAAGCAUUCGGCCAGCGGUGGCUAACGCAACGGUCAGGCAUCUCCCACAUAAGCCACGCAUUGCAGACAUGGUCAAGAGAGCGGAUGGUUAUGGAUUUAUGUUGAAGGCAGAGCCUAAUCGUGCCGGCCAUUACAUUGGAGAAAUUGAUAAAGGGAGCCCAGCAGAGCGAGCAGGACUCAAGGAUUCUGACCGACUGGUGGCUGUGAACGGAGAUGAAAUACACAGCUGCACGCAUGAGGAGGUGGUGGAGAAAAUACAUCAACAAGGAAACAAGUGCUGCCUCCUGGUGCUGGAUGCUGUAACAGAACAAAUGUACAAACUGGGUGGUGCUUCUCCUCUCUUAUACUAUGAGGAAAUGAGAGCAAAUCUGCCCAGCUAUCCAGAGUCAGAACCUGAAUCUACACCCGCCCUGACUCCAGCCCCAGCGGUACACGUGCCCGUCUCAGCAGUCCCUGCACCCAUUCCAGCAGAAACGGUACACAAACCCAAACUGUGCCGACUGGAGAAGACUGCUGCAGGAUAUGGCUUCCAUCUCAAUGGCAUCCAGGGAGUGCAUGGACAGUACAUCAAAGAGGUGGUGAAAGGUGGAGCAGCAGACAGAGCCGGAGUAGAAGAUGAAGAUAUUGUUGUGGAGGUGAAUGGAGUUUACGUGGAAAUGAGCACACAUGAGGAGGUUGUGAACCUCAUCCGCAAAAGCGGUGACAGGCUGGUGCUCCUAUUGGCUGGGAAGACAGCCUAUGACCACCUGAGAGCACAAGGGGUCACCAUCACCCCUCAACUGCUGGAUGAAGAGCCCUCUGCUGAUAUUCCGAAACCAGCCAGCGCACAAGAGGAAGAGACGAACGAACAGCAUCAAGAUAAUGAGAGCGACAAGGAGACAGAAAAAACUGCCACUCCACCACGUUCAAGGACUUCGUCCUCUUCAUCAUCAUCUUCAUCAGACAGUGAGGACCAGAGACUCUGAGCUCAAUGCGCUGACAGAUCCGUCUGGUCUCCUGAUUUAGUGACAGGUCCAUGUAUUUACUGUACCUGAUCAACUACAAUCUAAAAACAGUGAAAUGCCCUUCAAACAACACACUCCAGGACCAUUGAUUUAAGAAUAGUGAUGUCUUUCCAAUUCCAGAAUAUUAACAGCUAAAGGCUGGAAUACACUUCUACAUCACUUUUAAAAUCUGAACAGACAUCACACACUAAGCGAUACAAUCUGUAGACUAGCGUAGACUUUCUGCCACAAGUCCAGACUGAUAAACUGGGCAAAAUCUAAGCAAAAGCAUUGUAGUGUAUUCCAGCCUUAAAUAAAUAAUGGUAGUAUUAAAUGUAACAGUUAUCUGUACUGUUCUGCUUGGGCUCUACACAAUAAAAUCUAUUUAACUUUGAGACAUGACAUUUAAGAAUACGAUAAUUUGGCAUUUUCCCUUGAGUUUAUAAAUACACAGUAAUAUAUGAAGAGAACCCAUAAAGGGUCAAAGAGAAUUAUUUACGGAGGUUUGUUUACACGGUUUCAGCAGCAACCUAACUUCCGGUAGACCUCUGCAAAGAAACUGUUGGUGGGUUUUAAUUGAAUUGACUACUUACACUGAUAUACAUAUAUAUUAAUAUAAAAAAGCAUCAAGCCAGACCAAUAAUCAAACACUGGAAGUUAAAUUUGAGGCAAGGCGUGUGCGUCUGAUGAAACCGUCUGAUAUAACACACCUUGAAUGAAUAAACAUGGCUUUUAAAGACCUGACAAUGUAAUAAGUCAUGCAUCAAAGGAUUUGAAAAGAUAGGCUUAAAAAAACCAACCGCUUGAGUAAUUUAAAUAAAACAGGCACUUUGAGAAAAUUUAAGAGCAGUAAUUGGCUUUCAGGCAAUGCAUUCUGGUGUUUAAUUUUAUUCUUUAAGAAUGUUUUUGUCAUUUUCUGCUGGACUCUAUACCGCCUUUUGACUUUCUUCAUUUGUAAGUCGCUUUGGAUAAAAGCGUCUGCUUAAUGACUUCAUGUAAAUGUAAGGAAUAAAACCUCUUUAGUGUG